AUGAUAAAAAUAGUGAGUGUGAUUGCAUUUGUCCUACUAUACAACAAUAAAUAUACGGAGGUAGAUUCAAAAGCAAUAAAGUUCAACACUUCGAACAUGGACAUUUCAGAGGAAGACUUGGCAGCAUACUCAGUAACACGUGCCGCGGUAGAAAAUAAAUUGAUGAAGACCAGAGAAUUCAAAUUCAAAGUUAAGACAUGGUUGAAAAAUGAUAAAAGAAUAUUCGGAUUAAAGUCUAACACAUCAGGAUUUGGUGACUUUUAUUAUUCGAGAGUCCAAAUCUGGGCAAACAACUAUUGCAACAUGAAGAGUAACGUAGUCUCAAACUCAGCAAGAUUCAAGAACGAGAAGGGAAAUCUACAUUUCUAUUGUGUUGAAAACAUAUACCUUGAUUAUUCAAUUGUGGAUCAUUCAUGUAUUAGUAAUUGUGGAGAACUGGUACCAUGUAACGGAGUAGUAAAAUCAUUUACAAAUAGAGAACCUAUUAAUAUGAAAUUAGUAAAUUCUCAGAUUAAGAAAUACUGUAAAAUUAGUCAAAUUCAAGAAUCAUUAGAUGAGUUAUGCGAAAGAGAAAAUUAUUCUGCAAUAGUUGAUCAAAACUUUAAUGUCAAAUGUUAUUCAUCAAAUGAUAUAAACUAUGACCAAAAUGGGUUGUGCCUAGAGGAUUGUAGAAAAUUUGUUUCAUGCAAAAGAGUAGCAAUGAAUCCUGUUAAAGGGAUAUCAAUUAAUCAGGCUAAAAUAGACUGGAAUGCUCUGACAAAUGGUUGUCCAUGUAAAGAAGGUUAUCACGAUGAUUAUGAAACCGCAGAUAAGUAUAUAACAUACGAAGGAUGCCAAAAUAUGACAAACGAUAACUCUGUUUGUUUGAACUGGGAUGAAUUUUUAAGAAAAAGUCAUUCUUUAUAUGAUAAAAGAUUUGUAUUUCCAGAUAACUACUGUAGAGAAGUCCAUGGUAAAAAGGGAAUCUGGUGUUUAACAGACAUGGAUAAAUUAUCAAAAUGUACACCAAAGGAAAUUCCAAAAAUAUCGAUUCAGCCUGGAACUUUGUUUGAUAUUUGGAUAACUCCAUAUAUACCCAAAUACAGACUUAGGAUUAUAUUUAUAGAUAAUUCUAAUAUAUGCGGAGAUCUUGGAAUGAUAGCCACAGAAAAUAUAGUUCAAUCCUACGAACUUGAAGUAUUCAACUUAACCAAUGACAAAGAAUUGGAGAGUGACGAAAAUGAUAUAUUCGAGUAUUCGGACUCUUCUUUUAGUGAAGCUUCAUAUGUAUUCAAGGGAUAUUUGGCCCUAGAACACUUAGAAUCUAGUUCUAAAAUUUGUGCCUGUAUGUACAGCAGCUAUUACGAAUAUGCGAACGGAAUGAAACACCCUUGUUCCUCUAAUAUAAAUUAUACCAUUACCAUAGGAAAUCUAAUUGUCGAAGGCACGUCAAUGGGUAAAAUUGAGGAUAUGGAAGAUAAUAAUAUUUCCUUAAUAAACCAAUUUCAACAACGUCAUGCAGUAGCUUCCUUGGUUAAUGAAUCAGAUUCAUUGGUUUGUAAAAGGAGCAAAUUCUUAAAAAGAGAAAUUUGUAUGAAAUCCAUCAACAAACUUUUAGAUAUUGAAAAAAAUAGCAGAACUGAGAAAAUAUGUGUACCAGAAAUUAACAGGAGAAGUAAUUUGAAAUAUAAUGUAAAAUCCAUAUUAAGGAAAGAAAUAGGAUUGAAUGAAACAAUAAAAUUUGAAGUUGAAAAAUCAGGUGAAUAUUCUUUAAUUUACGAAAAUACUAACGACCCUGAUAAAAACGCUUUAAUAAUUCAUAGAUAUAACAUUAUGGGAUAUUAUUCAAACAAAAUAUUUACCCUGAUAACUGACAUGGGAAGUGAAAACAAAUUUCGCGAGCAAUCACUAUUCUUUGAAAGUUGGAAAGUGAAGUUUCCACCAACGGCAGUUGUAAUAUCAAAAUAUGAUAAAAAUUCUAAAUUGUGCAAAAAUCCAUUCGCAUAUUCAAUAAACAUUUUCCCAGUGUCCGAUAGUACAAUUGAUAUGUCACUGACUACUUGGAGAGCAUCUGAUUUUGAGAUUACAAAAACUUUGUCGUUAAUGGAGAGUAAAGUUGAAAGGUUUGAAGUUUGUGUAUUCACACAAGAUUUGGAAUUUCAAAGCCUUGGAUUUGGAAUAUUUACCGAAUUUGUUAAUCACGAAUUAAGUGAAAUAUACCCUGAAUCACAGUUACAAAUACCCCAAAAUAUAUUCAAUUAUAAAAUAUACGAUAAAUGGGAUAUGAUGAGACUUAAAACUUAUAUAAAUGAUGAUAAGACAUUCAAAUACGACAGUUCGUCAAGUAAUGCUAAAUUUGAAAGAGAUUAUACCGGAUUUAUCAUGGAAAUGAUGCGAUCUAAUUACAAAGGAGAUUUUGAUAACAUAGAUUUUGAUGGGUUUAAAUUAGGUAAUCAUCUCGAAUAUCCUGCAAUAAUGAGUUUUUGGUCAUAUACUGAUGAAGAUCUGAUAAGAAUAUGGGUUUUUAGACCAAAUAGACUAUCUCCUACAUACAUUGGAAAGAUUAAUGUAAAAAGCCCACUAGCAUUUGGGACAUAUAUUUCGGUAAAUAAAUUAAUUGGAAUAGUUUUGACUGAGGGUGAACCAGGAAUAAUGAUGUACGAGAUUGAAAUAGAUAAAAAUAGUAGCAAACACAAUGUAUUUAACAUGAAUUUUAUCAAGAGCAGUUGCGAUGAGAGUAAUAAUUCAUGUACAAAACUCUUAUCACCUGUCGACAUGAAAAUAAUUACUUAUAGUUUUGAUUGUACUAAUAAACAUUCUAUAUUAGUUACUGAUGUUGGUUUGAAUUGUAUAAUAUUAUAUGAUUCUUCAUUAAAUGAGGUUUCUAAAAUCUGUCGAGACUCAGGUUCUGUGGGUAUAUUUGAGCCUACAUAUAUUUCAUGUUCUAACCCUUCCAAUGAAGUGGGACCAUGUAUAAACACUUUGGAUGGAUUCAAAUAUGAAAAUGACGGAGAAUCAAGUUUUAUUCACUGUUUCAUCACACAACCUCAUGAAGGAAACUUGUUAUGGGUUCAAGUUGAUGUACUUCACAAUAAAUUGACCUUAUUAGACUCAUAUACGGGCGGACAUAUGAGCGAUAGUAUAUCUGGAGGUCAUAGAUCUAUGAAACGUUUCAUUACACCCUUAUUAAUGAAUCCCAUAUCAGUUGAGACAUUAACAUAUGGGAAAACAAUUUUAAUUUACGUUGUUGAAUCAGAGAAUCCGGCUAUGUCCCUUUUAACCUUGGAUUUGGACAAAGAAAUAAAAAAGAUAACAUAUUACGGCAGGACAGAAUUGAACAUGAUAUCAUACGGAAAUUUCGUUCAUAUUUCAAAACUGGAGAUGAGUUCUGAAAGCAAUGAUCAAAUGGAUGAUCAGGACUAUGUAAUGUUAUUCAGAUUGGGACCUAGAGAAAAUUACUACAAUGGAGCUGGAUCAUCAUCAAUCAAUAUCAUCAAUAUUAAUGAUACUAUUUCUAUCAACAAUUUUGAAUAUAACACUCCAGAGUGGAUAGUAAUUGGAGAUGAAUUAAGUUUUAAGCCAAAGAUAGAUUCAGGAAAUAAACAAAAUCUAAUGAGAUAUGAAUUAGAUAUUCUAAAUGACACGGAUCAUAACUUGCCAGAACAAGAAUCAGAUGAUAUCAAGAAUUUGAAAAGUAUAAAAAGAAAUUAUGAUUGGAAUGGUAAUCCAAGUCAUAAAAAUGUAAUAAAAAUAAAUAGUAACACUGGGAAAAUAACUAUUAAUAUUAAUUAUAUUUACAAACUGAUACUUUCAAUACGUGUAACUGCAUUUGGAUUUAUAGAAUCCAAAUCUAUAUACUUAAAUUUUAAAGUCGCUUGUAAAGAUGGAUAUUUUUUCACAGAAAAUGAUAUUAAUGAUCCAAAUAACGAAUCUAAUGGGUGUAAAAUGUGCCAAAUAGGAGAAUUCAAUUCACUGGCUAUAAUUAAAUCUUUUAUUUUGAACUGGAAAAAAUGUACCAAAUGUCCUGGGAGAGAAAUAACAAUAAGCGAAGGUUCCACUUCUAGCACUCAAUGUUUGUGUGCGCCUGGGUAUGAAUAUGUAUCUGAUGGUAUUAAUAAUUGUGAACCAUGUGAAGCAGGUAAAUGGAAGAGCUCUGCUGGUCUACAAAAAUGCAUAGGAAAUGGUUGUUAUAAUAAUUCCUUUUCAAAUAAAAUUGGUAGUAUUUCUGAAGAGGACAGAGAAUGUGCUUGUUAUGAAGGUUAUUAUUUUAAAAAUAUAGGUGGUGUUAAAGAAUGUGUACCUUGCGAGGAAGGAUAUUUCUGCCCUGGGGGAAUACAUGGAAAGAAAAACAAAUGUCCUAAAAAUACUACAACUGUAAUAAAUCUUAAUUCUAAUGGUUUGUUUGUAAAGUUACCAUUGUCAAUUGAUGAAUGUAUGUGCAAAAAAGGUUAUGAAAUUGUUGAUGAGAAUAGGCUAAUUGAUCAUUACAGUCCUGAAUACGAAUUAAAACUGAGAAUACAAGAGGAAAUUAAGUUAUUAAAUGUUGAUACUCAAAAUCUAGAUAUAAACAAACUAAUAUGUAUUCCAUGUGGAUAUAGAAGAUACAAAUAUGUUGAAGGUAAUACAAAAUGUACUGAUUGCCCUGAGCAUACAUUUAGUGAAUCGAUGAGUCCUACCAGUAUUCGUGAUUGCCAUUUGUGUGAUAAAGGUUAUUAUGAGACUGAAGACCCACAAAAUCCUUGUGAAGAGUGUAGUGAAAAUCACUAUUGCGUUGGUUCAGAUCCAAUUAAUGAAAAUGUAAAAAUGUACUCAAAGAAGAAAAUAAAGUGUGAAGAACAUUCGAUAACAAUAAAGCCUUAUAAUAAGAAUGUUAGUAUGUUGAAUUGUCUUUGUGUAGAGGGUUUUGUUCCUGUGACAUCUGGUUCAUCUGUGAAGUGUAUUCCUGCUCCAAAGGAUCACUACAAGGACGUUAUUGGGAAUGUUCCUGCUGUUCCAUGUCCUCACGGAUCUCUAACAAUGUCCAAUGGUGCCACUUCAAAGGAUGCCUGUGUUUGUGACAAGGGUACAUAUUUUGAUAUUGUUUCUAAACACUGUGCUAUUUGUCCUGCUGGUAAAUAUUGUUUGGGUGGUAAGGAUGAUAAGAUGAAUGAUAGGCAGCCUAUGGAGUGUUCAGAUUCCAAUGCUCAAACUAAGGCUCCAGGUGCAUCUUCAUCAUCAGAGUGUGCUUGUAAGGAAGGAUAUUAUAUGGAUGUAGAUGCUCAGAACACGUGUAAGGAGUGUCCUGAGAAUCAUUAUAAAUCUUAUAUUUCAAACGAUAUGUGUUCUAGGUGUGACGAGAAUUCAUCUACUACUGGUAAGAAGGGUGCCACAUCUAAGGAGCAAUGUGUUUGUGACCCUGGAUAUUAUUUUGACAGAGGUUGUGUUUCUUGUAAUUUCAAUGACAAGUAUUGUCCUGGUGGUGUAAUUGAGAUUAAGGACGAUGUUGGUCGUUCUAGAGUUGUAACUCGGAGUCCGAUUCCAUGUCCACCAAACACUGAGAUUCCACCUGGAGUAGAUAAUGCUAGUUCAAUUAACUUUUGUAAAUGUACUAAGGGUUAUUAUUUUGUGUCAGAGGAUCUGGAGAAUAACAAGAAGGUAUGCAAUGCGUGUGCUCCAGGCACUUACAAAAGUUCAGUCAUGGAUUCGAGUUGUAAUGGGUUAUGUACUCAGAAUGCAACUAGUUUUCCUGGUGCCGAAAGUUCCAAUCACUGUUUCUGUCUAAUGGGUUACUUUUAUCUAGAAGGUGGUAUUUGUAGCAAGUGUAUGGAGGGAGCUAAAUGUGAGGGUGGAUUGAUUAAUUAUAAGAUGAAGACUCUUAAGAAUUUCGUUGUCAACAUUGAUGACCAUGUGAAGCCAGUUGCUGUUGAAGGUUACUUUUUGGAUAAGAUAAAUCCAAAAUUGAGGAAGCCUGAUGAUUGGAAAUUUAUCAAAUGUCCCAUUAAUGGUUCAUGUCUUGGAAAUGACAAAUGCUCAGAUACAAUGGAGCAUUAUUUGUGUAGUGAGUGUAAGAAGGGAUACACUAACAACUUUGUGAAGGGAGCUUUGUGUCAGAAAUGUCCUCGAAUGCGUCCAAACAUUUCCAUAACAAUCUUGUACUACUUUGGAUUAUUGCUUAUAAACAUAGUUAUGGCAAGACUGAAUAUAAGUUCAGGAUAUAACCGUAGGUCAAUACAUUCUGUUGUUAUUAAGAUUGCACUCAACUUUGGUAUCUGUACAUCUGUUGUGAAUGUUGUAAACUUCAGUGACUUGAAACUACCUGUGGGUUUGAGGAAGAUGAUAAACAAGUGGGUUAAGGUGUUUGAUUCCGAUGAUGCAGUGUAUUACACGUCAAUUGAUUGUGUAAUUAGAAGUUUAUUCAACCUAGAGCAUUCUGAUUCAUUUUUUUACACAAUGCUAUAUAUGGCUUGUUUCCCCUUGAUAUUAUUGUUUAUUGUGACUUUGAUGAUGUGGAUUAUUAUGGUCCUUUUUAAGCUUGUCAAGUAUAAUGAUAUUAGAAGGAAGUUGGCUUUAUUACAGCAGUUUAAGGCUAAGUAUGAGGGAGAUAAUCAAGAUAGUCUUAUUGAACAAUAUAGGAAUGAGAGGUUACUUAUGAUAUUAAGAUACAUUCCAUUACCAAACGAGACUUCAUGGGAUAGAUUUAAGAACUUUUUGGAAGAUAUGAUUCCCAUUUACGUCACAGUUUUGUUUUCUGUCCAUGGCAAGAUUACGAGUAGGUUGUUGAGUUUGUUGGACUGCACCUAUAUAGAUUUGGGUCGUUCAUUCCCAGGCAAAUAUGUGUUGAGACCUGCAAUGAGCAUAAGGUGUUCUAUUAAUCCUUCGGAAGGUUAUCUUAGAUAUUUGAUCUUAGGUUUGUGUGGAUUGUUGGUUUGGGGACUUGGAAUUCCAUUCUUGUCAUUCAUGGCACUGUUUGUCAACAGAAAUAACUUGUAUGCUCCCAGUAUAAGGAUGAAGUAUGGAUUUUUACACAAUGGUUUCAGGCAAGAUUAUUGGUAUUGGGAAACAGUAGUGUUUGCUCGAAAAUGCCUUGUUCUAGUUAUAGGUAGUAUUGUCAUUGUUCCAUCAGAAAACUACAGUGGAUCGAGAAUAUGGAUGGCACUGGUUGUAGCUGUAACAUUCUUGAUUCUUCAACUAAUAUACAAACCUUUUGACGAAAGGGACUAUUUCGUAUUAGGAAGGUUAGAAAAUCAUAGCAUGAUCACAUGGACAUUUACACUCAUACUAGUCUCAUUCAUAAUAGAAGCUAAUUUCACACCUUCUCUCUCUCUUAUUUUGUUUUUCAUUAUUUUGUUCAUCAAUUUUCUUUUUAUUCUUGAACUAUUGUUUUAUUUUAUUAUUUUUAUUUCUUCUCAUAUUUUCUAUCUUUUUUCUGUUUUCUUUCCCAGAUUUUUUUCAAGAAAUAUCAAAAUUUCUCACCCACUCUCUUACAAAGAACCAAUUGUUUUCUAUGAUAAACAAGAUUCUCAUAUUCUUCUCAACAGACAAAUUAAGCCAUUUGGAUCAUUGAUAAGUUUUCAAAAUUUAUCUUCUGUUUAUUCCAAUUAUUUUACCACAACACUAUCACACAUCUUCAACCUAACAGCUUGUUAUUUAAAUCUAGAUGUUAUUCCUUCAUUGUUCAUAGACUUUCUAAUCCGAUACUCAAUAUCAAUUGGAAAUAUAGAGAACAAAGUUAUAGAAAAGAAUUUUUCGACAAAAUCUGAUAAUGAAAUAUCAGAUCUCAUCGAGGGUGUAACAAGUGAAAAAUAUGAAAAUAAGAACAAGUAUUUAAAUAUUGAUAAAUACAAAAAAGAACAUAGCUCUGACACAUUUAUAACAGAAAUAGAAAAUAUAUUGGAAGGAUAUGGAAUUGAAAGUGAUGAAAUAAACGGAAUAAUUAACUCCUUGUAUGACGAAUCCUAUCUAAAAAACAAUCUUUAUUUAUCUGAUUUCUACCAAUCAAUAGAGAACUUAUAUAACUUAGACAAAACUACGUUAUGCCUCCUUUAUGAAUUAUUUAAACAUUAUAAAACUUAUUUCGAGGAUCAGAUUAAUAAGAAGAUAGAUUUACAAAUUAACAAUCUCAUGAAUCAAAAAACAGAAUUUGAAAAUUCAUUGAAAGAUCGUGAAAGUAUAUAUCAUGUCACUCAAGAAAUAGGGAAAAUAAAUGCAGAAAUAGAAGAUUUAAAAAUAGAACGGGAAGUUAAGAGAGGAAGACUACUCAAACUUAAAGAAUCAGGGAAUAUUUAUAAAAAUGAAUACGAUAAGGUAAUAGGCAGAAAAUCUAAAUAUGAUAAUGAAAGGAACUUAUUUUGUAAACAAUUAAUUGAAAAUGUUGGAUUCAAACCAAUUAACAGAGAAGAUACAAUUUCGGAGGUGGAACAUAAAGAUUAUCAAGAAUAA